AUGGGUAUCUUGGGGAACUUCUUGGAGGAAGAAGAGCUGCGGAAGCCGCCGCCGGUGACCUAUGGCCUCGAGCCGUUCACCUUUGAUCCGGGCCCACAACCCUCACAGGAGGAGUUGGCGCGGGAGGCAGAGCGGCGGGUGCGCUCGGACAAGCGCUUCCGGGAGGCGCUGCGCGGUCAGAAGGCUGCCAUCACCGCUUUGCUACAGGGAUGCCUCGAGAAGGUGAAUGGACAGCUUGAAAGGGGCGAAGAGAUUUGCCAGAAGGCGCACUUCCCGCUGCUCAACCCCCGAAGCUUCGCAGACCUGGGGGCCUUCGCCGGACACGACCACUUCACGGUGGACCUGCGCGUGGACCAGGUGGAUGAAGCCCUGCAGAAGCUGGUGAAUAGCCUCUUUGGAAUCGUGUGGACGACCGUCAGCGUCGAGAAUGAGACGAGGGCCAAGAGCCUGGACCGUUUCAACAAGGCGCUGCAAGAGCGCAUGGAGACCUUGGAGCACCAUCUGCAAGACCGGUCCCGGCAGCUUUCCAACUGCAGGUACGCAUACUUCCUGGAAAUCACACAUUUGCGGAACCAGCUCUACAUGAGCCAGUCGGAUGAGGACUUCGAGCCGGUUGAGGCAUACUUCUUCGAUCCCACGGAGUAUUUGGAGGAGGAGCUCCGUCAGCAGUUAAAUGACAAGAUCACGCUGAGCGUGAAGGUCUACAAGGACCGACUGACGGAGAUGGCCCGAAAGCUCGCGGACUUGGAGCUCCAGCUGGAGACGGCCAAGGCCUUGAGCGAGCGCGAUGGCAACUUGGACGGCUAUUUGGUCUACGCCUGCAACAAGCACGGCUCCAAAGGUGUGGUGGAGUCCUUGGCGCAGCUGGCGCCCAAGGAGAUGCAACAAUGGGCACAAUCGCUGCUGCCGCCGCCGCCGUCAGCAGUAGAAGUGGCAGAGGCAGAGUCGCGCUCCAAGAGCCUUGAGCAGAUGCGGCAGGCCAUGCUGCAGGCUGCCCAAGAAGCGGAGGAGGAGCGGCGCCUCAGGCAGCAGGCGGAGCAGGAGCAGGAGCGCCUCCGGGCGGAGCUUGCCGAGGUAAGGCGGCAGCUGGAGCAGUUGGAGCAGCGUCCACCCCCAGGUCCUGCGCCACCCAGAGAGGUUGCCCCGCCGCAGGCCCGGCAUGGGCCAACAACGGCAGAGAUGGAUGAGCUGCGGAAGGAGCUGGCCAAGGCGAAGCUGCUGCUGGAGAAGGAGCGCAGCCGUGCGGCCGGGGCGGCCGCGGAGGCCGCCCGCCUUGGAGAGCUGGAGGAGCAGAGGGCUGCCAGGGAGAAGGCUGAGAAGGUGAAGCUGGAAGACUACGACCAGACGAAGGUGGUGCUUGUUGAGGCUGCCAAGGAAACUGCGGUACAGGCGGUGGCAACGGACACAGGGCAGAACAGCCUCGCCGACACCGCUGAGAAUGUGGUGACUGCAUUGAAGCAAACCUCAGACGAGCCGCUGGGCCCCUUCUAA